UCUUUUCUUUCACUUUCGCAUCUCCUCGCUUUUCCACCUUGACCUGACACAAUCGAGUCCGUCGAUAUUCGACAUCGACAUUAUUGCUGUCGCAGCAAAGACAUCGAGACAUCGCAAUCUGAUAUCAGAAUCGAAGGAAAUCCACAAAGUCCACUCCCACCAACAGCCCGCAAUGGCUCCUCUAGCAGAGAUGGCCAACCAGGUCCACGAGAUCGCCAAGCGAGGUCGUUGUGAUUACGUUGAUGCAUACGGCCGACCCUACUGCUAUAGCCACUGGUACUACUACGGCCGCUGGAUCUUACUAGCCGUGGCGAUUCUUUGUGUCUUUCUCUCGGUCUACCUUAUGGCACGUAAAAAUUCCCGCCGCCGCCGCCUCCAAGGGGCGCAACCCAUGUAUGGAACGGGCUGGAUGGCUCCCGCCCCGCCCCCAUACGCGCCGCCCCAGUAUUCCGCCCAGCCGCCACCGGGUAGUCAAGUCCCAGGAGGGUACUACGCACCACCGAAUGGCCAGAAGGCGGACCAGAACGGCGAGUACGUUUAUGGCAACCAGCAAGAAGGUAUCCAACUCCAGCAACCGACGAGCGCAUACCACAGAGGUGCGGAUGAUCAGUAUGCUCCGCCCGAGGGGCCACCGCCUAACCAAGCACAUCGUUUCCAGUAAGCUGGGGUCUGGUUCACAGGAAAACGGAACGUGAGACGAUGCGGGGGACAUAGGAAUAGGUGACAGGCGACUAUCAACAAUUCGAAAACCCAUCGAUCGACCGAUGAACAAACAGCGACGAAUAUAAUACCUUUCAAACAAAUGGGCAUGGAAGGAAAGCACUGAAAGGACCUGCGCCGGGGAUAGCAACUUGAAGGGUUUGCGACUGGCGUUUAGGAUCUUUCAACGCUUGCGUGAGGAAACAAAGCAAGCAACGGUCUUCGUAUCGGCAUGAUGGAUGAAGGAGAUGACGGGAUGAUUGCGAUGGGAGGAAGAACAGACAGCGACUCAGCACUGACAAUGAAGACGUGCAGAGUUGGCGAUGCUAACAAGCAAUCAAUAUUGGAGGACAAGCACACAACAGCGCUUACCUAUUCGCCUACUAUCUAGUCCAGCUCCGUCUGAUGUAUCAACAAUACCAUUUCUUAUUUAAUCGUAUGUCUGUAUCAUCAUGUACGUAAUCGCCGAUGUUGUAGGCCUGACGGGUAAUGGGUUUGACUCUUGAUCU